GUCCCCAAUGCAAGUUCGGCUGGAAAGCACUCGCCACUCGCACUCGUCGUCCAUGGCCACCUGCCGCACACGCCUUCCUUCUCCCUCCCCUUACUGACCUCUCUCUCUCUCUCUGCCCAGCUUCGCCAUUGCUGCCAGUUCAGCUUAGAUCCUCAGCCGUAUGUAACACUGCCACGACACAAUGGCACCCUCUUCCUCGUCUCACAAGCCGGCCGCUCUGCUUCUCCUAGUACUUCUCCUCUGCACGACCAUUGCCACCCUCGCGGCCGCCCAGCCGCUGGCGUCCUCUCAGGCCAAGGCGCUCCUCCGCGUGCGCCGCCUGCUGCUCUUCCCGCCCGUUCUCGACGCGCUUCGGGCGGCGCCGGACCCCUGCGCCCUGCCGCCCACGCCGGCACUCACCGUCGCCUGCGAGGGCGGGCAGGUCACGGCGCUCUCCGUCCUCGGGGACCGCGACCCCGACGCUGCGUGGCGCGCCGCACUCCCGUCCAGCUUCUCCUCCGAGGCGCUCUUUACCACGCUCACCAGGCUCCCGGCGCUGGCACGCCUCUCGCUCGUGAGGCUCGGCGUCUGGGGCCCGCUCCCGGGGGCCAAGCUCCGCCGCCUCCAGGCGCUGCAGGUGCUCAACCUCAGCUCCAACUACCUCCACGGAGCCGUCCCCGGGGAUCUCUCCCGGAUGUACUCGCUGCAGAGCCUCGUGCUGUCCAACAACUGGCUCAACGGCACCGUGCCGUCCCUGUCCGGGCUCCAGUUUCUUGAGGAGCUGGACUUGGCGCACAACAGGCUGGGACCGGCGUUCCCGGAGGUGGGGAAGGCGGUGGUGCGGUUGGUCUUGGCCGACAACAACUUCACCGGGAAGAUUCCGGCGGGGGUGAGCUCGCUGGGGCAGCUCCAGUUCAUGGACGUGUCCGGGAACCGGCUCCAGGGGUGGAUCCCCUCCUCAAUCUUCGCGCUCCCGGCGCUGCGGUACAUCAACCUGUCGCGCAACCGGCUCGCCGGGCAGCUGCCGGCGAGCACGGCAUGCUCGGAUGCACUGGAGUUCGUGGACGUCUCGGCCAACCUGCUCACCGGGGUGCGCCCGGCGUGCAUGAGGGGCAACUCCUCGGCGCGCACGGUUCUUGACGCGGGCAACUGCUUCGCCGGCGGGAAGCAGCAGCGGCCGAGCACGUACUGCAAUCCCGGGGCGCUGGCCGCCGUGCUGCCGCCACCGCAGGGGAACGGAUGGGGAGGGCAGGAGAAGGGAAAGGGCGGUGAGGUCGGGAUGGUUCUUGCCAUUGCGGGCAGCGUUGUGGGUGGCGCAUUGCUGAUUGUGCUGGUGAUGGUGGUGGUGCUGAGGACGGCGAGGAGGCAGCAUCCAGAUUUGAACGUCUUGCCUAACUCGGCGGUGGCUACCCCGGCGAAGAAGGCGGAUGGCCGGAAGGCUUCGGCUAAGGCGACCCAGAAGAUCAUUACUCCUGUUGAUAAGAGGCAUGCAUCACAAGCUGCAAGGGUGAAUACCCUGGAAGUACCUGGGUACCGUGUGUAUACACUGGAGGAGCUCCAAGAAGCAACCAACAACUUUAGUUCAACCAACCUGAUCAAGAGUAGUCCUCUUGCACAGCAUUACAACAGCCAGCUUCAAGAUGGCUCAAGAGUCUUGGUCAGAUGUCUGAGGCUAAAGCCGAAGUAUUCUCCCCAGAGCCUUGUCCAGUACAUGGAGAUAAUUUCUAAACUUCGGCAUCGGCAUUUGGUCAGCAUCAUUGGUCAUUGUAUUGCCAAUGAUGGGGAGAAUCCUAAUAUUGCUAGCUCAGUAUACCUCAUUUCUGAAUGCGUGUCAAAUGGAUCUCUAAGAAGUCAUCUUACUGAGUGGAGAAAACGCGAAAUGCUCAAAUGGCCGCAACGAGUGUCUGCUUCCAUUGGUGUUGCGAGAGGGAUUCAGUUUUUGCACAAUGUGACUGCUCCAGGCAUUGUACUGAACGAUCUCAACAUAGAAAAUGUCCUGCUGGACAAGACGCUCACAUCGAAAAUCAAUGAGUUUAGUCUUCCAAUGAUAUCAACUAGCAAGAAUGGCAAGAUUUUCUCAGAGACCCCAUUUGCUGUCCAUGAAGAUAAUGAUACUGGCAGUGCCCAUAAUGCGGAACAAGGGGACAAAGAAGACAUCUACCAGUUCGGUCUGAUUCUCCUGGAAGUGAUCACCGGCAAACCAACCAAGUCUCAAAGUCAACUGCAGUCCCUCAAAACUCAGCUAAGCGAGGUCCUGAAUGAAGACCUUGAUAGACUGAAGGACGUGGCUGACCCAACGAUUCGCGGCACUUUCGCAGUGGACUCUUUGAGCACAGUUGUCGAGAUCGCCCUCAACUGCACGGCCAGCAACCCAAGCAACCGGCCUUCCAUCGACGAUGUCCUCUGGAACCUGCAGUACUCCAUGCAGGUGCAGGAUGGAUGGGCGAGCAGCGAGAGCUUAAGCUUGAGCACCAAAUCGCAGGCCUGAAGAUAAGGGUGCAAUGCUUUUGUGUUGAUCACUAUCCACCGAGAAUUAUGCAGUUAUAUAUAUGCACCAUCAGUCUGCUUGUUGUUUUCUUCUGGUAUUUGUUCUGGAAGAGAAGUCAUUGGUGUCCUCUGUAUAGAAGUGGACCUUUUCAGGAUAUUUUUUUCCUGGUAGCUGUCAUACUCAGGCUGUAUUAAGCAUCGAUCAUUAGGUUGUGUUUACCAAUCAAGUGACCAUAUAGGGCAUGAUGCUCGAGCAAUGGAAUUGGGAUAUGCAAAAGGAAUAGCAUAGGGGAUGAUUUUUUAUUUGCCA